CUUCCUACCAAUGUUGCUCUCCACUGCCCUCAGCAAUUUGAGAACUGGCGGCCGAACCAGCCGGAUAACUACUUUAACUCUGGAGAAGACUGUGUGGUGAUGAUCUGGCACGAGAACGGCCAAUGGAACGACGCCUGCAACUACCACCUGCCCUUCACCUGCAAGACUGGCCCAGUCUACUGUGGCGCACCGCCAAAGGUGGAGAAUGCCAAGAUGUUCGGCAGCAGGCGGGAGCAGUAUACUGUUGGGUCCAUCAUCCGCUACCAGUGUAACCCAGGCCUCCUACAGCGCCACCUGCCUGUGGUGCGCUGCAUGGCAGACGGACAGUGGGAGAAGCCACAGGUGGAAUGCAUGGGCGCAGUGCCCUCCCCCAGUAACAGAAUACAGCGCAGAUCGAUCAGAAGGCGAGGAGAAUCAACCAGCAGCAAACGUCACUAAGCAGGGAAGAUUAAUGGAAAUCUCUUGAAGAUAAUUAUUUUAUAAGAACAUUUACAGAACACAGAAGGCAUUUUCUAACUUACUAAAGAGGUUUGAAUGUUUGAAGUACCCACCUUGUACAUAAGACCAAAUCAACUUCGAGCAGUAACAUUGUCUUUUCAGUUUGUCACUCUCUGACUAUUUUUAAAAAGUUUAAAUUAAGCCAUUAUGUAAUUGUAUGUUUUUGUCAUUCUUGUCCUAAAAUAAUGACAUGUUUUAAUUAUAUAUAAGAAUUGUUUAUUGUUUGGAGUUUUAUUGUUAUUAUUAUUAUUAAUAUAAUUUUUAGUUUUGGUGGAUUGGGAUGCCGUCGAUAAGGUGCGAGUUGUUGCUAAAAUACUUUGUCCAUGUCGCCAACUAGACUGGAUUAUAGAGGCACGGUGUAGGGUGAAGUUUCUGCUAGACACUGAUCUUGGGUCAGUUUUGCUUUUCCUCCACUAAUGGUUAAGAUUAGGGUUGGUGGAGGGGAAGCUGAUCCUAACUCUGUACCUAGGGGAAACUUCACCCUACAUGUAUGAUGCAUCAAUCAGACUCUCUAGUCUGUUCUAGAUCUUUGCCAAACCAAACAGUGUGUGUUAGACUGUACCACCCAGAGGUAAACACCCAAUCUGGACCAGCCGGUAUUUAAUGUGGGUUUGGCACGUUGCUAUGAGCCAAGCAGAGGCUUGGUGAAAUUCACCGCUGUUAGCCUAGCCAUGUCCGGUUGUAGUAAUGAUGAGCAAGGUGAAGUAAAGGGGAUGAGAUCUUGUGCAUGUAUCCACCAAACAAGCAUUUAUGAGUCACCAAAUUGUCACCUAUCUUGAAAAUUGUAGAUGCUAAAGGGGAAAACUAUAUCUAUAUUUGUCAGAUGUCUUCAUACAUCAAGAGUGGUGUUGUGUCAAACCGAGAAAUCUUUUGCGCUUCAAUUGCACAUAUCAACACUUUUGAGGAAUAAAAAUGUCUGACGAGUUUUGAUUUUGGGGUGAACGGUGGGCUAAAUCAGGGUCACAUAAAUCUACUUUAAAACUAAAGUAUACACCUCACACACAUGGUUAUGGGCUUAAAAAGAAGACACCUGUACCAUGUCAGAUAUACAGUUGAAAUGUAUUAAAUGUUGAGUUUGCAUCCCAAUAUUACACUUUAUAUACAUUACAGAAAACUGAAAUAUAACAAAACCGUUUGACAUAGAAAAAACAGAUUUGUUCAAAAUAAUGCAAAUUAAUUAUGAAAUGAUGAAAAAUAUGAAUAACAUUCCAGCCAUGAGGCCACUAGGUCAUUUGACUGAAGGAAAGGGCUACGGGAGGGGAUACUAAGGGAGAUAUUAUUUAUUUAAUCUCUAAGUCAUAAAGAGAAAGCUAGCGAAGCCGACACAGCAGGCUACUGUGUCCGUCUGUAUUUCAAACCUACAUCAGUUGUUUAGAGCAGAAGGGAGACAGAGUGCCUGAUGUGAAUAAUACACAGCAAUGCUAGAAUCUCUGCCUGCCACACUGGAGACGCAACAUCAUGCAAUCUACUGAGCAUGCCCUAAAAUAAGAGAGUGAAAGAGGACUCAACUUCUCAAAUAAGAGAGAGGACUCAACUUCUCUCUCAGGUUCAGUAGUGACACGGUAGAAUAGAAAAACAACAGGGUUGGGGUCAAUUCCAUUUCAAUUUCCGUCAGUUAAUUCAUUGAAUUCAUUGAAAUUCACUGUAUUUAUUUCCUGAGGGGAUUGGAAUUGAAUCGGAAUCGACCCCUUGGUUUGUCAACAAUGUUGUUGGCCUAAGCAGGACCAAACGGAUGAAUGUCAUUGGUCGGUUUGACACUUUCGUCGUCUCACACAAGGCUGUGCAGUGCAUAGCAACUCCGUGGGACCAGUUUUAACAACUGCAGUAGCUUUCAGAUCAAAUGUUUCUCUUCAUUGUCUGUUUUGUUUCACAGAAAAACCUCAGCGGACACAUUGAUUUAAACUCCAGAUCCAUCGCCAUUUUAAUCUCUUGUAGUCCUUCAGUUUUGUAUUGUAUGCAUAACCUGCUGUUAUAUCUGAUGAAGAUAUAGAUGCUUCAUUCAUUGUUUAUGUUUACAGGAGGCUGUGCCUCCUCCUUCAACACACCGUCAUAUGUCUUGCUGGCCAAAAGCUUCACCUGCAAUCAUAAACCAUAUACCAAUCAAAGAGAUGACUGAGAGGUUCCACAAAGAACAGGCUUAAAGAAAUUCUCUACCUGGAACUUCUGAUGACAGAAGAGUGUCAUUUAAAGUUACACACACCAUUGCUUUUUACUGUACCCCUACAGGGCUGAACGUAUUAAGAGCUUUUAGAAGAUAAUAACACAAUGCCAGGUCUAGUGUAUAAAAUCAAAUUAACUUAAAUGCCUCCUGUCAUUGCUGAGGGAGGAUUGUCUCCAAAGCAGCUGAAGCAACUUGACAAAGGGGUGUAGAGCAGUGUUUAGCAACCUUUUACUACCAGUGAUUGGCAAACUACGACACCCUUGUCAACUAACUUCCUGAGGGACCUGUCAGCAACGUCCCAGGGAAAGGUGCCGGUCCACGGACCAGAGGUUGAGAAACACUGGUGUAGAGCACUCCUGCAACUCCCCCGACCCUGCCAUCUGUUUAGGGUUGUGUACUGUAGGCACAAAACAGGAGCAAAAUGUUCUGAAAUGGAGCACGGGAUCAGUUACCUGAACACGUCUCCUGUUUUCUUCUGUUUCCCACUAGGCACUAACUGGUUGAAUCAUCGUUGUUUCCAUGUCAUUUUAACUGCUAAGCUCUAUGUGAUGACAUUGAAUCAACGUGGAAAACUGAUUGGAUUUGCAAAAAGUGAUCAACGUAAAGGAUUUUGGGUAUAAUUGUCUUUUUUUCACCUAACUUUUAUCCAAAAUCCAAUGAGAUGGUUAGCAUGUUUGUUGAUUUUACUUUGAGUUCACGUUAUUGACAGUCAAAACUAGAUGUUGAACUGACGUCUGUGUCCAGUGGGUUGUGUGAGAGCGACUGACCCUGUGCAUGAACAGGCCCAAUAAACCACACACUGAGAACAUCAUGAGUAGCAAGAGCUGUAGAGGCUCUAGUCUUAUGGAGCUCUACAGAAUGUACCCAAAUGUGCCUGAAAUCAACUGUUUGUCUUCCAAUGUCUGUAUUCAACAUUUGCUCCAAAACAUAUCAUCAGAUGCCAAAUAAAGAUACUUUACUUGUUA